AUGAAGGAAGCCAAGAAGCAGAAGGUCGAGACAUACACUGCCACAGCAGGCAACGAGGUGACUUCCUUCAUCUCCAUGACUCUCCUGGGUAUCUCCUCGGUGUAUGUCAACCACGAAGAGAAGCUGAAGAAGAAGUUCCGAAGAGAUCGGACUGAUCGCUCCGUAUCACGGCAUAGAUCCGAGAUAGCGAGUGCUGAUGAGAUCCCGGUGACUGUUUCCUUCCUCCGCAAUGCACAAGCGGAGAAGCUCUGGCAGGGAAGAGAGGACUUCAAGAUCGACGGUCGCAAGUUCACCGUACGGUCCGCCGUGCCGUGA